AGAAUCUGUCUGACGUCAUAUGUGCGCGCCGGAAGUUGUUCUCCGUGGUGGUUGUGAGGCGGCUGGCCUCAGAGGGGUUUCUGCUAUGGCGACUCCUGCUAUCCCUCCGCCGGGAGGGCCCCCCGGAAUGCCCGGGGGGAAACCUGGACAAGGACCCGCGGCCGUCGGGGGAGGCGCGAAGAGCGGGGAGGAGCGGCUGAAGGAGAUGGAGGCCGAGAUGGCGCUAUUUGAACAAGAGGUGCUGGGUGCUCCUGUUUCCUUACCUCCUGUGACUCCUGUGGUGGAGGCUGUCCCUGUUGCCCUAGCAGUGCCAGCCAUGCCUGCAGUGCCACCGGUUCCCGUCAUCCGCCCUAUCAUUGCCACCAACACUUACCAACAGGUCCAGCAGAGUCUGGAAGCCCGAGCAGCAGCCGCUGCCACUGUGGUGGCUCCCAUUGUGGCUCCUCCAGUACCUUUUGUAGGCCCAGCUGUACCCCCACAGCGGCCUCCAAUCCUCCGUCCGACUUUUGUGCCUCAUGUCCUGCAGAGGUCCGGUGGUCCCAGGCCCCUGCCAAUGCGGCCUCCUCAUCACCAGCCCAUGGUGGGGCCCCCCAUGCCAGGCCCUCAGGGUCCACCGAUGCUGAUGGGGCCGCCGAUACAGAGAGCCCCUGGUCCACCACUCGGAGGCAUAGGGCCCAUGAGGCCCGGUCCCCCUGUGAGUACCUUUAUUACAAGAGGACAGGUUGGCCCGGGGAUUCCUGUCGGCCCUCUGGCUCCACUGGUGCCGGUCCCUAGGCCUGUGGUGGCACCUCCCAAAGUGAACCCCACUGUCAUCCAGGCAGCUCCCACCGUGUAUUCUGCCCCGCCGGUGAAGAAGCAAGAGGAGGAGCAUCGGGAGCCCCCGCCCCCCGUGGUAGAGGAGAAGGAGCCGGUCCUGGAGGAACCGGUGAUCGGUCCCAGCAUGCCAGAACCAGAGCCCGUCCCGCUGGUGGACCUGGGUCGGCUCCCUUCGCUGCGUGCGCAUGAGCCGCCGCCCGCGCGAGGGAAGCGCCCCCGAGGACCUGACUCCGGCUUCGUACCUGUCGAGCCUGUAGCGGAGAACACUCCUGAGGACAAGAAGAAAACCAAGCAGGAGAAGCUGAAGCGUUGCAUCCGCACAGCGGCUGGCACCUGCUGGGAGGACCCCAGCCUUCUGGAGUGGGACCCUGACGAUUUCCGGAUCUUCUGUGGGGACCUGGGCAAUGAGGUGAACGACGACAUCCUGGCACGCGCCUUCAGCCGCUACCCGUCCUUCCUGAAGGCCAAAGUGAUCCGGGACAAGCGUACUGGCAAGACUAAAGGUUACGGCUUCGUCAGCUUCAAGGACCCCAACGAUUACGUCCGGGCCAUGCGGGAGAUGAACGGCAAGUACGUCGGCAGCCGGCCCAUCAAGCUGCGCAAAAGCAUGUGGAAGGACCGCAACAUCGACAUAGUGCGCAAGAAACAGAAGGAGAAGAAGAAGUUGGGGCUGAGGUAGCCGGGCAGAGAGUUGAUGGGCCGUUCACCCUCCAAUACCUAACGAGCAAGGAACCAACAGGGCAUCUCUGAGCUGUCGAGUGCUGCCCUCUGGUGGGCAGGAUGCCAAUCGCAGGCAGGCUUUGCAGAUAGGAGAUCUCAAGUUCCCCACAGCUCCUCUGCCAAUCAGCCAGCAAAGCGCAUGCUUAAGAUUUGUGUGCGCAUAAACCUCCUUAUGGCUCCUACAGACUUAAAGCGUUUGAGUGGGCUUAAUCCUGAUGAGACUGUGUUCUUCCACUCUCUUCUGGGGAAAAACAUUGAAACUUGUAACAAUAGUUUUCACAGUGGGGACAGGGAGCGUCUUAACCAAAUAAACGUGUCUCUAUUUUGUUUUCUUA